AUGACCACGCCGAACCUCGAUGUCCUCCUUGGUGGCCCGCUGGCCGAAGAGCUGGUGGCCAGUGCAGGGGGCCUUUUAGCGCUGUGCAAGCUGAGCGACGCCGCACUUCGCAUGCUGGGCACAGAGGAGUUCCAGAGCAUAGCGAGCAGCUCACGGGCGAGGCAGCUGCACGCUGGCCUAUUGUUGAAGGCGCCACUUUUCACCGACGCCUUUGGAGAUGAGGAGGAGGUGGACACGACGGACCUGAAGGCUGCGCAGAAGGGCGCUGCCCAGCUAGGCCGAAAGUGCGCGCUGGUCGCGAAGGCAGACCUUGCCGGGGCCUUCUCCGAUGGUUCCCUCGGUGAAGCAGAAAAGGAAAAGCUCAAGGUGGCCUUCGCCCGCCUGCUGGCGGAGGGCAAAGUGACCGCUGAGGACACCCAGGCGCUUUCUGUGCCGUUUGUCUAUGUCCGUGGCGAUGCAGCAAAGCACAAGCGCGGCGGUGUCAAGGAGCGGAAGAAGCGAGAGGCGCAGCAGGAGUCGGUCAGCGUCGUUGCCAGAGCGACGCAGAGAGUCCGCAUGGGCGUCAGUGAGGAGGAGCAGGUGCGACAGCUGCUGCAGCGAGAGGACAUACGUAGCGAAUUUGCUAAGGAGCGCGCUCAGCAGCUGCUGAAGGAGUCGCGGAAGCGGGGGCGAGAGGUGACCCGUGAUGAGUACGAUGAUCUGCAGAACAUUUCCCUCUAG